AUGCGCACGGGGGCAGGUUGGAGAACUGGAUACGAGGCGGUCGGCCGUGGCCAAGCCCCGACGUCGCGCAUGUAUCUCGCAAAAGCAUUGCGCAACUGGGCAUCCACUCGUCAUCGAAGUGACCAUGAGAGAGAGAAGCCAUCAGACGGGAGAUCUGGCUGCGCAGCAAGGGCAAUUGGGAAGUUUCAUGGUGGAGGAAUCGUUAGGGACGGAAAUGGACGAGCAAAAAAGGAAAACAACUGA